AAACAGCCCGCAUGGCCAAGCAUAAAGGAAUAUCCCACCCAAAACAAUAGCCUCCCUCUUUAUAUUGGCACCCACCUUUCCCUUCUGUCCAACACCAUCAUCUCUCUCUCUCUCUCAACCUUUCUCUGGUGAAGCAGAAACCAUGUCUGAUGAGGCAUCUGCAACGCCGCCGACACCUUCACUCUGGUCCACCUUGAACAGCUGGUUCACCCCUCCUGUUCUCUUCCUGGUGCUCAACCUCAUGAUUGGCACCAUUGCCAUCACUUCACAGUUCGGUUCUGCUCACGGGCGUACCCAUGAGCACCGAAAAGAUCGCCAAGAACACGAGACCCACAAAUACCCACCAGCCCCGCCCUUGGCUAGACCUCCUUCCAUUUUCCAGAGACUCAAGUCCACCAUCUUCUUCUGGAACAGAUCCCAAGAACAACCCGCUUGGCCCACUGCCAUGAAAGCCCCUGAAAUGGAGACCCACCAGCACCACACAUUUCAAGAACCAGAACAUGAACAGAUGGAAGAACAAGGACCAGAACAAGAGCAAGAACAAGAGCAAGAACAAGAGCAAGAGAAUCCAUCUCACUUUGCUAGAUCUCCUUCCACCCCACAGAAGCCCAAGCCCGCUGGCCUCUACAGCCACAUAGUGAUAGAACCGACUGCACCGCCCACUCCAACCCCAACUAGGAAUGUCAAUUACCCACAUCUAAAGCCGUUCACUCCCUACAAUUUUCGGCAAGAACAAGCGCGGGCACAAGAACUACAGGGAGAAGAAGAUGAUCGUGCUGAGGAAGCUGAGAGUGAAGCGGCAACAAAUAGGUUGCCCAGAACCACCGUGAGGAGAUCUGCAAGCAUGAAGUACCCAAUUGUGCAUAUCGACGAAGAUGAUGAAGAAGAAGAUGGAGAUUUCCUCGAGAGACGCCGGCCGGCGAGCGCGAGAGAAGGGACGGGCAAAAUCAACGGUCGUGCGGACGAGGAGGUCGAUGCCAGGGCCGAUGACUUCAUCAACAGGUUCAAGCAUCAGCUGAAGCUGCAGAGGAUGGAAUCCAUUACUAGGCAAAACUGAGGAGAUCAGAAUUAGCAGAUAACCAAGAGUCAGCUCGGACUUUGGAUCAGUGUCGGUGUGUUUGAGGUCUGUAAGACGUACAUCUUUUUGUACUCCUUUUGAACUCUAUCAUAUAUAUAUGCUCCUUUUUCACUGGCGUUCUUCUGA